AGACAGUGCGUGCGAGCCACUUUUUCCUUACAGUAUCCAGUACUAGUACAGGUUACCCAGUACAGGGGAUCUCGGAGUAGCCGACGGUAUGCAGCACGGUCGUUGAUGAUCUGCGUAUAUAUCAAUUUUCACGUCUGUUAUGUGCCAUUUUCUUUCUGCCACUCUACCUCAUCUCUCUCCUUUCUCUCUCUCUCUUUCUUUCUUCUUUGUCCCCUUAAGGUAAAAUUGAGGACCUUUUUUUUAUUUUUAUUUUUUUUUUCCCCUCCUUUUCUAUUAAUUGAACAUUAUUCCGAAACUAAGAAUAUUUCCGCCGCCCUUUU